AUGGCAACAAACGGAGGGAAUGGGCGCUCACAGGAUGCGGCAACAUACUCCAUUCCACGCGAAACCAAGAAGGUAUUUCGAGAAGGCAUCCUGAACAAUCCCCUCGUCGCAUCAUCGCUCCCCCAAGAGAUCGAAGAAUGCGCGCAAAAGGUCGAAUUUGUCGGCACCGACAAGCCCAGCAUUCCCAUCAACUGGCGCUUCGCGGAAAGCAUCGCAUCGCUCAAAGGUCUAGAGGCAGCUAUGAUCAACGUCCUCUUGAAACGGAAGUACGGCCUCGAACCACAGAAAGCUGUCAUUAAUACCGACCACGCCCAACUGUUCAUCAUGUCCAUUCUUCUCUGGACCAUCGACCCCGAGGGGAAAGCUGUUAGCUUCUCGUCCAUCUACACUCCGGAAGGCAAAGCCGACUUCGACAAGUGCUUCAAGGACUGCGAUCUAUUCGAGCGCGGACCCAGCCUGUAUAAGAAUUCGGCAACGAAUAUCUAUCGCUGUAAAGAUGGUCGCUAUUUCCACAUCCAUGGUAGUAUGAACUCUGCUCCUACGCAAGAUAGCCUCGGCCUUCCGCACUCUAACUCGAAUAUCAAGACGGCGGAAGAGUCGUGGAAGCCGUACGAAGAGAAGAUAGCUCAGCUUGAUUCAGGUGAGCUGCAAAAGCUCGCAAGCGACGUAUAUAAGCAGGCUGGUACAAUCUGCUGGACGAUUAACGAGUACAAGAACAGUGGGCACGGAAAGGCAAAUGCGCACGUGGGUCUAUACGAGGUACAUCCUGCGAGGAACGAGAUGCAACCACCAUCUUGGUGGCCAAAGGUUCCGGAGACAUCCGCUGCGCGGCCUCUUGCUGGACUUAAGGUCGUCGAUCUGACUAGGGUCAUUGCUGCACCUGCUGUUACUCGCGGCCUAGCCGAGUUGGGAGCGAGUGUGAUGAGGGUCACUGCUUCCCACAUUACAGACAUGUCGGUGUUGCAUUGCGACCUCAAUUGGGGCAAAUGGAACGCUCAUCUGGAUUUCCGGGAGGAAUCAGACCGUGAAAAGCUUCGUGCGCUCGUACGCGAAGCCGAUGUCGUCGUCCAAGGCUAUCGACCUGGUGUGCUUGACAAAUACGGCUUCUCACUUGACGGAUUACUAGAUCUGACCAAAGAUCGUGAGCGUGGCUUGAUUGUGGUCAGAGAGAAUUGCUACGGCUGGAGUGGUCCAUGGUCAUAUCGCAGUGGCUGGCAGCAGAUCUCGGACGCUAACGUGGGUGUAUCGAUGGAAUUUGGUCGAGCAAUGGGGAACGAUGAGCCGGUCACGCCAGUCUUUCCCAACUCAGACUUCUGUACUGGUACCGCUGGAGUGAUCGCGGUUCUAGAUGCUAUCCUUAGACGCGGCGCUGAAGGCGGCUCUUACAAAGUCGAUAUUGCUUUGAAUUACUACUCCCAAUGGCUCGUCAACAGCGUCGGCACGUACCCAACACCCGUCUGGGAGGAUGUCUGGGUCCGCAACGGCAAGCAAGUCUUCCGUCACUACCACAACAUGCCUUACACGUUGGGACGUCUUCUCGCAAUGCUAAAGCAAAAUGCCGGUCCGGUCAUCUUCAACCCAGGAUUUUUUGAGAUGAGGCAUUCUGGCGCAAUCGGAAAGAAUAUAAUGACUCCGAAACCGAUCAUCCAGUUUCCCGAGGGCACGGUGCAGCUGAGGUUCAAUGUCGGAACAAGAGGAAAUGGGGUUGAUCAGGCGAAGUGGCCAGAGGAUCUGCUGACAGAAGUGGUUGUGUGA